CGAGCGCGGAGCCAUGCGCCGGGCUGGGACCGGGACCGGGGGCGCGGCGGUGGCGGUGGCGGUGGCGGUGCCGCUGCUGCUGCUGCUCGCUUGGUCCCCGCCUGCCGCCGCCGCCGGCGACGGCAAAAAGAGCGAUGCCAGGCUGGUGUCGGAGCAGUUUUCGCAGGCCCCGCAGAAGCUGGCUUUCUACAGCUGGUAUGGCAGCGCCAGGCUCUUCCACUUCCGGGUACCCACAGACACAGUGCUGUUGCGCUGGCUGCUGCAGGUGUCCAGGGGCAGUGGCCCCACCUGCACCAACGUGGAGAUCACCGUGUACUUCCGCUACGGCGCCCCUCCCGUCAUCAACCCACUGGGCACCAGCUUCCCUGACAACACCUCCGUUCAGCCCUCCUUCCUCCUCAAGAUGCUGCACAGCAAUGCCUCCGUCAACAUCUCCCACCCAGCACCUGGGGACUGGUUUGUGGCCGCCCACCUGCCCCCCUCAUCCCAUAAGAUUGAGGUGAAGGGCUUUGUUCCCACCUGUGCCUACAUCUUCCAGCCUGACAUGCUGGUCGUGCGAGUGGUUGAGGUCUCCAUCCUGGAGCCUGACGUGCCCCUUCCACAGACCCUCCUCUCCCACCCCAGCUACCUCAAAGUCUUCGUCCCCGAGUACACCCAGGAGCUGCGGCUGGAGCUGCAGGGCUGUGCAUCCAACGGGAGCCUGGGCUGCCCUGUGCACCUCACCGUGGGCUCGGCCACCCUGCCUGGAAACUUCCAGAAGGUGCUCACUUGCAGCGGCCCCACCCAGGCCUGCCGCCUGCUGCUGCCCUCACCACCCUGGGACCGGUGGCUGCAAGUGACGGCCAAGAGCCUCGCCGGGCCCCGUGUGUCCGUGGCUUUCAGUGCUGUGGCUGCCCUCACAGCCUGCAGGCCGUGGAGUGUGAACUUCCAGCACCUUCUGCAGAGCAGCCCAAACCAGAGCAGCAACGCCUCCACUGGUCUGCCGCCCCCAACCCCCAGCUACCAGGACCUGGACCGGAGGAGCAGCAUGGUCGGCGGCCCCUUCUGCCUCAGGAGCUUCCCCGUCCUGCGGGAAGACGUGGAUGUGGUAUCUGUGCGCUUCCAGCCCCUGGACAGGGUCUCGGUGCUCGUGCAGUCGGACAUGCCCUCAGUGAUGCGGCUGAACCUCAACACAGGCAUGGACAGCGGGGGCUCCCUCACCAUCUCCAUGCGGGUCAACAAGACCGCGAUUGCCAACACUUCAGUGGUAGCCUGUGUGACUGCUGCCUCACCCUUGCUCAGCUUCAACGCGUCGCUCAGCUGCACCACAGGUAUAGGUGGCAUCCGGCCCAGGGACCAGCAGGCCCUCUGGCUCCCUAUGACCAGGGCUUCCUCCUCCUCUGCAGCCUUCUUCCAGGGCCACCCCCUGUCUCUGAGUGCCUCUUCUCCCACGGCCAACCUCAUCAUCCCCUACCCAGAGACAGACAACUGGUACCUCUCCCUGCAGCUCAUGUGCCCUGAGAGACCUGAGGAGUGUGAGCAGGCCUCGGUCCUCGUGGAGACCACCUUGUACUUGGUGCCCUGCUUGAACGACUGUGGACCCUACGGCCAGUGCCUCCUACUGCGCAGACAUGGCUACCUGUAUGCGGGCUGCAGCUGCAAGGCAGGCUGGCGUGGGUGGAGCUGCACAGACAACAGCACAGCCCAGAUGGCGGCCCAGCAGAAGGCGGCUGCCCUCUUGCUUACCCUGAGCAACCUCAUGUUCCUGGCCCCCAUCGCCAUCUCCGUGCACCGCUCCCUCCUGGUGGAGGCCUCCGUCUAUGCCUACACCAUGUUCUUCUCCACGUUCUACCACGCCUGCGACCAGCCGGGUGAAGCGGUGCUGUGCAUCCUCAACUAUGACACUCUGCAGUAUUGCGACUUCCUGGGCUCUGGAGUGUCCAUCUGGGUCACCGUCCUCUGCAUGGCCCGGCUGAAGGCCGCCCUGAAAUACGUUCUGUUUCUCCUGGGCGCUCUGGUCUUCGCCAUGUCCUUGCAGCUGGACCGCAGGGCUGCCUGGAACACAAUGGGGCCUUGCCUCUUUGCCAUUGUGGUCAUGGUCACCAUGUGGGUGUACCGCUGCGGGCGCCGGCGCCACUGCUACCCCCCCUCCUGGCAGCGCUGGGUCUUCUACCUCCUGCCUGGCAUCUCCAUGGCCGCUGUGGCCAUCACCAUCUACACUUCCAUGAUGACCAGCGACAACUAUUACUAUACCCACAGCAUCUGGCACAUGCUGCUGGCAGGGAGCGCAGCCUUCUUGCUGCCACCACGUGAACAGCACACCAAGCCCUGGCCCUGCUCCCAGAAGCUCACCUGCCACUAUGAGAUCUGCAAGAACCACCGGGACGAGCUGUACACAGUGACAUGACACAGCCAGCUUGGGGACACCUGCAGCUUUGAUGAUCUCUCCAGCCAGGGGCAGGACCAAGGGAGAGGGACUCUGUCCAGAUCCAUUUCCAACUAAAUAAAAUUGCCCUGAGCACUCUUUUGCUUUCUCCUCCCAAGGAGAGGACCUCACCCCCAACUCCCUUGUGCCCACUGGCUGUCAGCUGACUCGGUCCCUCUGCAGGUCCCCGCUGGUAUCUGCAGUGGCCCCUGGGGCCUGGGCCUGGCUGCCUGGAGACCACAGGUACUAUGUCGGGUCAGGCUCUGAGUUCUUCUGGCCUGGGAAUGGUUGGAGGGAGAUGUGGUGUAAGAGUCCCCCAUUGCCCUAUUCCCCUGUGAGGCUGUGGUAUGAGAGACCCAGGUGGGCCGAGGAGGCCUGAGCCCACCUCCCACGGGCCCCUGCCCUGUAGGCUGGGAGCUAUGCCAUCCCUGGCUCAUUGACACCUUGUGCCCCUGAAUGCCAGCCUGCCUUGGGAAUGGGGAUGCCCCCUGCUGAUACAUUUGCCAUGGGAAGGAGUGACCACAUUUACCAGGGAGCUGAUGGCACUGGGAUGUCCGUAAGGGCCAGCUGCCAUGGGUAGCAUGGGGGAGGCUGACUUCUGGCUGUCCAGCCCUCCCCCUUCACUCCCUUUGGCUCUCAGUUUUGGAGCUGCAGGCCCCUGUGAUGAGCUUGUUGGGGAGGGGGCUGCCAAGCUGCUCUGGGAGUGCUGGGCCUGCAGGGCACACCUUGUCCCAUCUUUGUGUCCCACUGACCCCUGGGUUC